UGACAUCAACAUCUACAAAAUCAAAAGCUUCUCACAGUCCUGAAAAAGUUUACAAUGAAGAAGAUGAUGAAAACAGGGCACAAAGUGUCAGGUCAAAUAUAUCAUUGAAGUCUACCGGAAAAUCAAGUCCUUCAAAAGCGACUGAAAUUUCAGAUGAAGAAACUGCAGCUGAUUGUGAGGACACUGACGAGAGAACACAAAGUGCGAUGUCAAUUAAAUCAUCACAGUCUGAUCUAUCCCUGACGUCAAAGACAUCUAAAGUUUCUGUGCGGACAGCUGGAACUCAGGAGAUGGCUCACACAGAGAGGACACCAAGUGUUUUGUCAGUGAAGUCAAACAUUUCUGCAAGAACCAUGAAGUCCAACAUGUCUGGAAUUACCUCCGGUAAAAGGACGAGGCCGGAUGAAGAAGGUGAAGAAAGAACAAAGAGUGCCAUGUCAACCAAAUCAGCAAAAUCAAAUAAUGCCACAAAGUCAAACAAAUUACCGGCGCCUGAAAGUUCCGAGGCUUCUAACGAAGGAAGUGGUGAAGGAAAAUCGGACAGAGCAUCAACUGCCAUGUCAGAGAAGUCAGUGAGAUCGAAAAAAUCCAAAGCCUCUGACGUUACUGCUGAUGAAAAUACUAACGGAAAAGAGGAGAGAACACUCAGCCCUGUGUCUACAAAAUCAACCCAAUCUGAAAUGUUAAGCAGGUCUGAGAUCCCUGCUGUGACAGUUGAGGAAACUGAAGACAGAGCACCUACGGCCAUGUCAUCAAAGUCAAAGGUUUCAGCACGUUCAAAAAAGUCAACAACAUCUGAAGUUAAACAAAGUAAAAGUGAGAGGCGGCCACACAGUUCUUUAUCUGUCAAGUCAAAUCUGUCCAUGAAAUCUCAAAAAUCCAAAAUAACUGAUACUGGUAAAGAUGAGGAGAAGACUAUUGUUUCUCCAAUAAAAGAAGGGGAAGAUGUAAAUCCUGAUACAUGUGAUACAACUGAUAAGAGCAGUUGUCAAUCUAAGACAAGCAAGUCAAACAGGGAAGAUGCAAAAACUGCAACAGCGGAGGUUGUUGCAGAAGCUGCCGACAUUAAGAGAGUCCCUGAUAACAAAAGUGACAAAAGCAACAAAUGCACACCUACAAACGCAGAUGCUGAUGACUUUGAACUGGUCCCAUCUAACCUACCAAAUACAUCCCCUACUGAGGUUGUGAAUGAAUGGCUGAAAUCAAUAACUACCGAUGGAGAUAUGUAUGACAUGGAGGAACUCAAUGAAAACUGUGAUGGACAGAAGACUGCCAAUACAACGGAGGAAAUGAAUGGAAUCGAACAUAGUGAAAACAAUGAUCACUCUGUGGCUGAGAAUACAAGAGAUGCACAAGAAGGAGUUGUGAUGACUAAUGACUGCCAAAAAAGCACAGAGGCUCCAAAUGCAGAUACAGCCUGUACACAGAGUGAAGAUGCCUCAAAAAUAUUCCAAUCUUCUGUACAGGUGAUGAAGGUACUUAUAAAUCCAAAGCUCGACCGAUGUAACAGUUUACCAGAAAUUUCUCCAGUGUAUGGACGUAAACUAAGCACUUCAGCUAGAGGUCUUUUGGAUUCCCUGGUGAAGUUGCAGUUAAUAGACCAUGACCCUAAGAACGCGAAUGUAAAGGAUGAAAGAUACCAAGAGCUAAUGAAUAUUCUCAAGUCUCUUUGGCUUUGUGAUCCUCCAGAGAAUGAAUAUGUGUUAAAGAAGGUUGAUCGCCAUUAUAUGGAUGACGAGUUCAAUCAUGCGUCAUCCUCUGGUGUGGAUGUCAACAGUGGCUCCACAGGCUCUGGGAAGAGUAGUUAUGGCGUGAACGGGGAUGUGUCUCAAACACAUACCAGUACAAGGAAAGUACAAGAAGUCUGUGAAGAUGAAGCAGCCGCAGAUGCGAAAUGUACACCGGAGAGAGACAUGGAAGGAACAUGUGAGGAAAAACAGGAAGAUGAUCCAGCAACAGAUGACACAAUUAGAAAUGAUGAUAGUCCAACAGAACUACCUGAAACACCACCCUCCUCAGGCAAGAGUUUGGAAAAUGACAGCAAUGGCCAAAAGGUUUCAGAAGAAGAUGAAAAAGAAUGUCAAGAAGACACCGCUUCUUCUAGUCCUCCUCUCAUUCAAGGAGCACAGUUAGCCAAAAAUAUUUCUCAAGAUCCUGAUCCUGUGUGGGUCUUAACCUUACUGAAUAAAAUAGAAAAGCAGUUCAUGACACAUUAUAUUGAUGCAAUGAAAGAGUUCAAAGUCCGAUGGAACUUGGAUGAUAAUGAACAGCUUGAAAUGAUGAUAAGUGAACUUAAAACAGAGGUCCACAAAAGAAUCCAAGCCAGUAUAGAAAGAGAACUAAGGAAAAUUCAAGGUCGAGCAGGCCUACCAACACCUCCUAAAGAAGCAAAGUCACGUGCUUCGACAACCCGAAUGGAAGACAGAAGAAGGAGGCUGAACAUUAUGCUCAAACAAUCAGUUGAUCAACAAGGAGAAAAAAGUGAUGAUUCGGCAACAGGCACAUCUUACAGUGACCAGCGCAGUGAAAACGACGAUUACUGUCCAUGUGAAUCGUGCAUUAAGAAUAAAAUGACAUCAAGGCCACCACUUCCUGCAGAAGUUCUGAAUAUUGCACCUGUUUCCAUGGACUUUGACCUAAAGAGGAUUCUGGUGAUGAAGAACAAUGAUCCUGGCAAAACACAGGACAUCAACCGGACAUUUCACUCUGGAAAUGAUACUGAGACAAAUGAGGCAGAGGCACUUGUAGAAAAAGUUAUUGCUCAAGCUUUAACAGAAGUGGAAGGGGAUGAAAAACACCAUGACACCGAGGAUGACUUAGCAGUCGCAGCAGACGUAAAGGAAGCGAAUGACGUUGGUCAUCAUCCAGGUGAAGAAGAAGGGUCUAACAAUAGUGAAGCAGGGGAAGAAGACACAAUCACAGAAUUGACUGAAAGAACAGUAGAAGAAGCUGUGGAAGCAGGGAUGGUUGAUGACGAAGAAGAGAUUCCUGCUACUGGAGCAAGUGAUUCUGCAGCUGAUGAUCUAGCAAAUGGAUCAACAACUAAAGAUGAGAUUGCUUUCAUGAGUGAAGAUGAGCUUGACGAAGUGACUGCUGAAACCACCACAGCUGAAGAUGAAAAUGCAGCAGAGACCACUAUGGCAGCAGAUGAGGCUGUGGAGGAAGCGGCAGGCGAUGAUGAGGAGGAGAUCCUUGCUGCCAAAGCACACGAAUCUGCAGAUGAGAACUAUGACAAAGCUGACGAAUCAUCUAGUGAACCGGCUGAAGAGGCAACAGCAGAAGACGAGUUGGCUGAAGAAAGAGAGAUUGCUGUCACAGGUGAAGAUGAAGUAAAUGCUGAGACUGUUGAAGAUAAAAUCACAGUAGAGGCUGCUGUGGAAGCCAUAUCUGAGCAUGCCUCUGACAAAGAUGAGGCUAUGGAGGAGGGGACAGUCCAUGAAGAAGAAGACACUGCUGCCACCAGUGAAGAUGAACUGAACGAAGAUUCUGCUGAAGCCACCACAGCCGAAGGUGAAAAUACAGCUGUGGAAGAGGGGCUGAGUGACGAUAAAGAAGAUCUUGCAUCAACAAGUGGAGAUGAUUUGACAGACGAGAACAAUGACACGGUCACAGCUGAUGAAUCAUCAAAGGAAACAGAUGAAAAGGCAGAAACUGAAGAUGUGACUGCUGAAGAACAAGAGGUUACUGUCACGAGUGAAGGGGAAUCGGAAGAUGAGCCUGCCGAAAAUGAGGCAGACACUAAUGAACAUGACUUUGACAAAGACGAGGUUGUAGUGGAAGAAGUAGUUGAAGAUAUGGCAGAGUAUGCUGUCAGCAGUGAUCAUGAUGAGUCUGCGGAGAAUUUAGAUGAUGUCACAAAUGAAGAUGAAACUGGGGAGAAGAAGGAAACCACGAAUGAUGAACUGCCAAAGGAAAUAACUAUUGAAGCAACAACAGAAGAUGAGCUUGUGGUGGAAAAGGAGAUUGCCGAGGAUGAUCUUGAAGGAGAGGCUGAGGAAGAUAAAGAUGCAGAAGAGAUCACUACACCAGUCACAAGUGAACAUGAAUCUGACAAAGAUGAAGAUGUGGCAGAAGAAGCAGGCAGUGAUGAAGAAAAGCUUGCUUCCACCAGUGCAGAUGAGUCUGCAGAUGACACAGCUACUGCUAGUGGUUUAUCAGAGGGACCAACUGAAGAUGAAAAUCCAGCAGAAGAGAGUUAUGUAGCUGCCACAGCUGAAAAUGAAUCUGACGAAGAAGAAGCUGUGGACACAGGAACAGUUGACAAUGAAGAAGAGGCUGCUGCCACUAGUGAGGAUGAUUGUGCCGAAGAUGCCACCACGAAUGAUGAUGAAACCGCAGACGAGAAUGAUGCGGCAGGUGAUGAAAUGUCAAACGACGCAGAUGAAGCAGCAACAACUGAAGAUGAGACUGCUACAGAAAAAGAGCCAGAGGUCAUGAGCGAAGAUGAAUCAAAGGAAGUUGAAGAUGAAAAUCCUGCAAAAGAGUCUGAUGUGGCCGCAACCUCUGAAGAUGAAUCUGAAAAGGAUGAGGCCACAGACGCAGAGAUGGUUGAUGAUGGAAAAGAGACUGCUGGGACAAACGAUGAAGAUGAAACUACAGACAAUGAUGACACAACAGCAGCUGAAGAUGAAGAUGAAAGCGCUGAGAGUGCCAGAGAUACUGCUGCCAUGAGUGAAGAUGAAGCUGAUGAUAAAAGCGCAGAAGAGGAGGCUGAUGUUGCAGCAACAACUGAACAUGACUCUGACAACGAUGCAGCAGUGGAAGAAGAGAUACCAGAAACCAGUGAAGAGGAGUCUGACACUGCUGAACGUGAAGAGCAUGAUAAUGCAGAAGCUGUCCCUGAAUCUACAAGAGAGGAAAGCUCCAAAGCUGAAACUGAAAAUGAAUCAGAGGAGGAGAAUGAAUCAGCCACAGAUGAUAAGGAAUCAGUAAAUAAUGCAACGACAGAUGCAAAUGAUAGUGAAGGAGAGGAAAAGGAUGGAGUGAAUGAAGAAGCUGCUGAAACCACCUCAGCUGAAGAGGAAGAUGCAGCAGAUGUGGCAGACACAAUUGAACAAGAAUCUGACAAACAGGAAGCAGGGACAACUAAAGAUGUGGAGGAAACUGCUGCUACCAGUGAGGAGGAUUCUGCGGACGGCACGAAUACCCCCACAAAUGAUGAGGAAACGUCACAGGAAAUUGAUGACACAGUUGAAGCUGGCCAUCUGUCAGAACCAUCCAAGCAAGAAACAACUGAAGAUGGAGAGGAACUUGUAGAAGAGGAUGAUAAUGCAGAAGCUGUCCCUGAAUCUACAAGAGAGGAAAGCUCCAAAGCUGAAACUGAAAAUGAAUCAGAGGAGGAGAAUGAAUCAGCCACGGAUGAUAAGGAAUCAGUAAAUGAAGCAACAACAGAUGCAAACGAUAGUGAAGGAGAGGAAAAGGAUGUAGUGAAUGAAGAAGCUGCUGAAACCACCUCAGCAGAAGAGGAAGAUGCAGCAGAUGUGGCAGACACAACUGAACAGGUAUCUGAAAAGCUGAAGACAACUGAAGAUGCAGAAGAGACUGCUGCGAGCAGUGAGGAGGAUUCUGCAGAUAACAGAGCUGAAGCUAGCAAAGAUGGAGAAGAACUUGCAGAGGAGCAUGAUAAUGAAGAAGCUGACCCUGAUCCUACAAGAGAGGACAGCUCCAAAAAUGAAUCAGAGGAGGAGAAUGAAUCAGCCACAGAUGAUAAUGAAUCAGUAAAUGAUGCAACCACAGAUGCAAAUGGUACCGAAGGAGAAGAGGAUACCUCAAAUGUUCAAAGUGAUAAUGAGGCUUCCGAUGAAACUACACAAGAAGAUGAGACUGCAGAGGAGGAUAAAGUGGCCACAGAUGAAAACAAGAUUUUAAGUGAUGCAGAACAUGUUGAAGUGGCGUCAGAUGAAGAAGCAACCGAUGAGGAUUGCACAGAGGCAGCAACAACAGCAGAUGAGACUGAAGAACGAGAAACAGCAGAGGAGUCGGGAGAAACUGAAGUGGCAGGGAAUGAGACAACUGAGGAUGACAGAGGAGAAGGUGCAUCUGCAGGAGAAGAGAUUAAUGAAGCUGAAACAGGAAGGGAAGAUCCCACAGAUAACAAUGAGGAUGAAUCUGCACAAGACGACAGACAGCAACUUGGAGGAGAAGAUGAAGAGGGUAUUGAGAACGCUGACAGUGAGUCUGAGGAAAAUCCUGACAAAGACGAACAGACGUGUGGAUUAAGUGACAUUACUGAAGAGCAUCAAGAUGAUGCCGUAGCUGAGACAAACAGUGAAACAGAAGGCGCUGAUGAUGAAGUGGAGCAAACGCCAGAUGAGGAUGUGAAGGAAAUAUCACAACACAACAAUGACGAAAGCAAACCAGUUGAAGAUAAUGAUGGACAGACUGAGACAAAUGUGACACAGUGUGAAUGUAUUAACAUGUCAAACGGUAAUGAUGAAGACAAUGUUGAAGCCUUCGAAGAAGAGGAUGAAGAAACUGAGAUACCCGCUGAAGACUGGAAUGGAAACCAGGGGGAUUCAGCUGACGGAGAAGAUGAGGCUGAGGAAGAUUCAGAGGAAGAAACUGACGGAGAGCAAGAUUUUGCUCCGAGUAAGGCAGAUAAUAAGGAGGCAGCCAGCGGGGCCGCGGAGAAAACAACAACAUUAACCCCACUUGAUACUUUAGGCAAAGUGAAGGCAGAAUCGGAGGAUGGUGCUUAUGCUGAUGUUGAAGAUUCAGAGACCGAAAUAAACAACGAAGAAGAAGUCACAAUCCCCGAGUCAAAGAGUUAGACAUAGAUUUCACCAUAAGCUGACCAUGGUUCUGCAUAUGCUAAUGGGAAAAAUUACGUGAACUGAGAAUGAGGUGCAGGAGUGAGAAAAUAACCGGGACACUGCUAAUAAUGUUGAUGUUUGAAUGAGCAAGACAUUGAAACCCAUGCAAAACAACUACUCAUCACACACCAAAAAGGAAUCUUAAAAACUUGAAUGUAUAUACUAUAUGUAUAGGAGCUUUGCAUAGUUGUAUGCAAAAUAGAUUAUUUCUUACAUAUUAUCUACUCAAAGCCUAAGGCAUGCAAAUGUUUGUUGAUGAUAAUUAUGCUUUGUGAAUGUUACAUUAAUGACUUAAAAAUGUCAUAUAUGAAUAUAUAUAUACUGUAGUUUUUCCUCAAAUUACUGCAGUAUAUUUACUCAAUUUUUGCUGCUCAACCUUUGUAUGCAGGAUAAAUCAGGUUAGAAGAUGUUAAAAAUUUAAGUUAUAUAUUUUUCUAGAUAAUACUGAUAUUUUUUUUCUAGAGAGCAAGAAAAAAAAGAUAAUAUUCAUUAUGAUUGUCUAACUAUUGUGCAGAUAGAAUACUGUUUAUGACAGUAUUUCAGUGCUAGAUCUAAAAAAAAAAAAACUGGGUGAUGAUUAACAUGUCUUCACAUCUUCGCAAUUUAGUCAAGUAACUGCAUUAUAGCUUAAAUGGAUUUCUAUAGCAGAUGAACAUGAACCUCUCUGUAAGGUCAUGGCAGGGUUUUAUGGAUCACAACUCUCUACUACUCUGUAUUUUAUCAAUCCAGCGGUGUUAGUCAGUAAGAGAAUACAUUAUUCUCUGUGGUACAGAGAUUAUUACCUUUGCUGAAUGUACUGUACAAAUUGUCUCUGGAAUUAAAUGUAUUUCAAACUCUUUAGUGCGUUUUUUUAAAAAGAAAUAUACCUAA